AUGACCUCUAGUAAAGACAUGAAGGCAGGCUCUGUGUUGCAGUCCAGCGGCGAGGAGAGGAGACGGGCUCCCCUGGACCAGUUGCCGCCGCCGGCCAACUCCAACAAGCCGCUGACGCCGUUCAGCAUCGAGGAUAUCCUUAACAAACCGUCGGUAAAGAAGUCGGUGGCGAGUAUCCGUCCGCCGAGAGUGCUGGAGAAAGUCUCGGGCUCUAACUCGGGGAGAAACGGGAUCACCACUCCCUCCUCGCCGCUGUGCGCGCUGGAGGAGUUGGCCAGCAAAACGUUUAAGGGUCUGGAAGUCAGCGUGAUCCAGGCAGCAGAAGGUCGCGAGCAUGUGAACGCCUUCGGCCAGAGGCAGACGUCGAAGAAGAGAAGAAAGUCGCGGACGGCCUUCACGAACCACCAGAUCUACGAGCUGGAGAAGAGGUUCCUGUACCAGAAGUACCUCUCCCCGGCCGACCGCGACCAGAUCGCGCAGCAGCUCGGGCUCUCCAACGCGCAGGUCAUCACCUGGUUCCAGAACCGCCGGGCCAAGCUCAAGCGGGACCUGGAGGAGAUGAAGGCGGACGUGGAGUCGCUGAAGAAGAUCACGCCGCAGACGCUGCAGAAGCUCGUGACCAUGGAGAACAUUGACGACGCGCAGGCUGGCGACCCCGAGUCGCCCAGUAUCUCCCCGACCUCGCAGGGGCACCGGGCCUUCCCGCAGUCCCCCUCCUCGUCCAGAGACCAAACCACGGACGAGUUCUCGGAGGACGACGAGGAGAUCGAGGUGGACGAUUGA